CUUUAUAUCUCGAAUGAGACCUCACCCCGACGCUCGAAUCUGAUUUCUCCUCGUAUCUCAUUGCUCACCGUCUAAUAUCACAGAACCCUAACCCUAACCCUCUCAAAAUCCCCCAAACAAUGGUGGAAUCUGCGGUUGACAACGGCGAUGGGCUGAAGAAGCUGGAGUACCUAUCCCUCGUCAAUCAGGUCUGUACCGAGCUCGAAUCGAACCUCGGCGUCGGCGACAAAGUGCUCGCUGAGUUCAUCACCGACCUCGGCCGCAAAUCCGAGACCGUCGAAGACUUCGACAAGAAGCUGAAGGAGAACGGAGCCGAGAUGCCCGAUUACUUCGUCAAGACUCUUCUCACCAUCAUCCACGCUAUUCUACCUCCCAAACCCAAAUCCAAGAGCAAAUCCGAUCUCAAGAGCCAGUCUUCAGGUCUUUUUCAUGGCCUCGCGAGGCCUGACGACCGGCAGCGGGUGAAGAAUUUGCAGGAGGAGAUUUUGAAGGAAGCUGAGGAGAAGGCUGAUGCGGAGGCGAGAAACCGAGAAGAAGAAGACCGUGAUAGACGCCAUCGAGAUCAGCCUCGUGAUCGGGAUAGAGAUCGGGAUCGUGAUAGAGACAGAAGGCAUAGGAGAGAUAGGGAUAGAUAUAGAGGUAGAGGCAGCGAUGACGAAAGGGAGAGGGAUAGAUAUAGAGGGAGGGGCAGCGAUGAUGAAGGGGGUGAUUUCAAUAGCAGUAGAGAACACCCUAGAAGAAAUUCGGAUGAGCCGGAGCUUUACAGGGUGUAUAAAGGUAGGGUUUCACGAGUUAUGGACACGGGUUGCUUUGUUCAGAUACCGGAGUUGAGGGGGAAAGAGGGAUUGGUUCAUGUUUCGCAGAUUGCUACUAGAAGGGUUGUCAAUGUGAAGGAGGUGGUGAAGAGAGAUCAAGAAGUGUUUGUAAAGGUGAUAUCUUUUUCUGGUCAGAAGCUUGGUUUGGCAAUGAGAGAUGUUGAUCAGAAGACAGGAAGGGAUUUGCUUCCGAUAAGAAAAACUUCGGAGGAUGAUGCAUUGAGGGCAAACCCUUUGAGUGGAAAUAGCAAUGGACCGACGAAAAGGAUGGGGCUAUCAGGGAUUAUGAUUACUGAAGAGGAUGAGAGCAUGCCGGCAAGAAGAAGGCCAUUGAAGAGAAUGAGCUCGCCGGAGAAGUGGGAGGCAAAGCAGCUGAUAGCUGCUGGAGUUAUGGAUGUUAGAGAUUACCCAAAUUUCGAUGAGGAUGGUGAUGGGGUUUUGUAUCAGGAGGAAGGAGCUGAGGAGGAGCUCGAGGUUGAGCUCAAUGAGGAUGAGCCUGCAUUUUUGCAAGGCCAGAGUAGGUUUUCCAUGGAUAUGUCGCCAGUGAAGAUAUUUAAGAAUCCCGAAGGUUCGUUGAGCAGAGCAGCGGCUUUGCAGUCAGCCCUUAUUAAGGAAAGGAGAGAGGUGAGAGAGCAGCAACAACGAACUAUGUUGGAUUCAAUCCCAAAGGAUCUUAACAGGCCAUGGGAAGAUCCAAUGCCCGAGACAGGUGAGAGGCAUCUGGCUCAGGAGUUGAGAGGUGUCGGGUUAUCAGCGUAUGACAUGCCGGAGUGGAAGAAGGAUGCUUAUGGUAAAGCUUUAACUUUCGGGCAGAGAUCGAAGCUUUCAAUUCAAGAACAGAGGCAGAGCCUUCCUAUUUAUAAGCUGAAGAAAGAGCUUGUACAGGCUGUGCAUGAUAACCAAGUUUUGGUUGUAAUCGGGGAGACUGGAUCAGGAAAGACUACACAAGUGACACAGUAUUUGGCCGAGGCUGGGUAUACUACAAGAGGGAAGAUCGGGUGUACUCAGCCUCGUCGAGUGGCUGCAAUGUCUGUAGCAAAGAGGGUGGCAGAGGAAUUUGGGUGUCGGUUAGGAGAGGAAGUCGGUUAUGCGAUUAGGUUCGAGGAUUGCACUGGGCCAGAAACUGUGAUCAAGUAUAUGACAGAUGGUAUGCUUCUUAGGGAGAUUUUGGUUGAUGAAAAUCUCUCUCAGUAUUCAGUUGUAAUGCUUGACGAGGCUCAUGAGAGGACAAUACACACUGAUGUGCUUUUUGGGUUGUUAAAGCAGCUUGUACAGCGGAGGCCUGACCUAAGAUUGAUUGUUACUUCUGCUACGCUGGAUGCAGAAAAGUUCUCGGGUUAUUUUUUCAAUUGUAAUAUCUUUACCAUUCCUGGCAGGACCUUUCCUGUUGAGAUACUUUAUGCGAAGCAGCCAGAGAGCGAUUAUCUAGAUGCAGCAUUGAUCACUGUGCUUCAGAUACAUCUUACUGAACCUGAAGGUGACAUCCUUCUCUUCUUGACUGGUCAAGAAGAAAUUGAUCAUGCUUGUCAGGCUCUUUAUGAGAGGAUGAAAGGCUUAGGUAAGGAUGUGCCUGAGUUGAUAAUUUUGCCUGUUUACAGUGCUCUACCCAGUGAAAUGCAGUCCAGGAUUUUUGAUCCUGCACCUCCGGGCAAGAGGAAAGUUGUAGUGGCCACCAAUAUCGCAGAAGCAUCCUUGACUAUUGAUGGGAUUUUUUAUGUUAUUGAUCCUGGUUUUGCAAAGCAAAAUGUGUAUAAUCCAAAGCAAGGACUUGAUUCACUUGUGAUUACUCCUAUUUCGCAGGCUUCAGCAAAGCAGCGAGCUGGCCGAGCUGGGCGUACUGGGCCAGGGAAAUGCUACCGGCUGUACACUGAGAGUGCCUACCGCAAUGAGAUGUCACCCACCUCCAUUCCUGAAAUUCAAAGGAUUAAUCUUGGGAUGACAACUCUUCAAAUGAAAGCUAUGGGGAUAAAUGACUUAUUAUCUUUUGAUUUUAUGGAUCCACCGUCACCUCAGGCACUGAUAUCUGCUAUGGAGCAGUUGUACAGUUUGGGAGCAUUGGAUGAAGAAGGUCUUCUCACGAAGUUGGGUAGAAAAAUGGCUGAAUUCCCACUGGAUCCACCAUUGUCAAAGAUGCUCCUGGCUAGUGUAGAUUUGGGCUGCAGUGAUGAGAUCUUGACGAUUAUAGCAAUGAUCCAGACACAAAAUAUCUUCUAUAGGCCAAGGGAAAAACAAGCACAAGCAGAUCAAAAGAGAGCCAAGUUUUUCCAGCCAGAAGGUGAUCAUUUAACGCUACUUGCUGUUUAUGAGGCCUGGAAAGCCAAAAAUUUUUCUGGUCCUUGGUGCUUUGAAAAUUUUGUCCAGUCCCGAUCACUAAGGAGGGCGCAGGAUGUGAGGAAACAACUUCUUAGCAUCAUGGAUAAGUACAAGCUAGAUGUCGUCAGUGCUGGUAAAAAUUUCACCAAAAUAAGAAGAGCCAUUGCAGCUGGGUAUUUUUUCCACGCAGCCAGAAAGGAUCCCCAGGAGGGCUACAGAACCCUAGUAGAGAACCAACCAGUAUAUAUUCACCCGAGCAGCGCUCUAUUCCAGAGGCAGCCAGACUGGGUGAUAUAUCACGAGCUAGUCAUGACUACCAAAGAGUAUAUGCGAGAGGUCACGGUUAUUGAUCCUAAAUGGUUGGUGGAAUUAGCGCCAAGAUUUUACAAGGCGGCGGAUCCAACAAAGAUGAGCAAGAGAAAGAGACAAGAAAGGAUUGAGCCCCUUUAUGACCGGUAUCAUGAGCCAAAUUCAUGGAGGCUUAGCAAGCGUCGGGCUUGAGUACUUUCGAUUUUGUUCAUUUAUUUAUCUUGCCCUAUUUUGACUGUUGUAAAUAUUUGUAACGUUCUGUUUAGCUUAGCCAGUGAUUUUUAUGAUCUACUGAUAGCAGUUGUAAUUUCCUUUCAAGCCUUUUUGAGUAUUGAGCCCCAAAUUUCUUGUAAUGAACAAAAAAUGGGCUUCUGAUCAUUUUCUUUGGCAAUAUUGUUUCAACCUGCAGUUUUCGAGAA